AUGAAACUCCCAAUGCUAAAAAACCUGAACCCUGAUGUAUUGAACAGUGUUAUUGGCGACUAUACAGGUCUAAAUUCAUGUUUUGUUUACAAGAAAGGCUAUCGAUUAGAAUUGAGUGCGAACGAUAUUGAAAGUACGGAAAGUGUGGAAUUUAAAGAUGAUUGCCUCAGGUCAUGCCUUCGAUCAUUACUUUCCGGUGGAUUCAUAUGUCGCUCAUUGAUGCAUAUGCCGAAAGAUGAAGACUGUGUACUUACUGCACUUGACGGACAAAAAGCUAUCCGUACAGAACAGAAAUCAUCUCAGAUACCUGUGAAUUUUUAUGAGAAUUUAUGUGCUAAACUUCCAGUACAAGGAGGCGUUGUUGAGGGAUUGUUGAGAGGUUUCCGUGGUGGUGAUGGUAUGAUUAAAAUGACACAAAUUCGAGGAUCCAAAUCAUUGGCACUCAUAAUUCUAGAUGGUGUUCAUGAAAAAAAGGAUUUUGACAUUACUUACCAUGAAGAUGAAAUCAAGGACUGUUUCAAAAUGACUGCGGAUGAGAGACAUAAUAGAAAAAAACUGAUGACACUGGAUUCUGACAGUACGGGAAUGGCUGUGCAGCCAUGGACGGAAAUCGAAUUUGACCUGCUCAAUGAUUCAGUUCUCAAUAAGACGAUUACUGUCACGGAGGCAGGGACCGGUGAAGUGAUUCUUUGUGGAAAAUUAAAAGUGAAAGGAAGUAGAGAGGAAUGGGAAAGGGCCAAAAAUAGUACGGAAAGACUCUACAAAUUUUGUUUAACCGCCAUAAUUUGCAUUCUGAUGAGUGUUUUCAAACAAAUUUAUGAUCUACUUUCGAUUUAA